AAGGGACUACUUUAGUGUUCCUCCGAGUAGGAGCAAAUAGUCCUCUAAUGAUUCUGAUAUUGCGAGUUUUUUGUAACUAUAAUUAAUUUUGCUUUCUGUACUCCAAGAUGUCUGUGUUUAUACGAGUCUUUAGCGAUAAGAUGGAAAACAAAACGCAGUUUGGUGUGUUUUUGAGACUCCUUUGCAACCUUUCUUCUUCAUAGACGUCGGCCAUCUUGAAUUUUAAUGUUAAUUUCUGAGUCUACUUAAGCUAUCUUGCUAACUAGCUAUAUAUGCUUUCAAUCAUUUCUUUAAAUUUGGAUCAAAGUGGAUAUUCCAUGGCUAAAAUUCCUAAUGGAAACCAAAUGACUAAAGCGACUCGAUGCAACUAACCCAAGCGGUUUGCGGGUAUGAAGUGGCUGGGAGGAUCCAAGAACAUGGUAGUCAAUGGCCGACGACAUGGAAGCAGGUUCAGCGAUCAGCCGAGGAACCAGGGCCGUGCUCAGCAUCUGCGCCACAGUAGGAGGUGCAGCCGUCGUUUCAGUGCUGCGCCACUGGAGGUGGAGAAGCGGCAUGUCCCCUCCUCAGGGAUGACUGCCAGGGAGCUGUGUGAGAAUGAUGACCUAACCACAAGCCUAAUUCUAGAUCCGUAUCUUGGAUUUCAGACCCAUAAGAUGAAUACCAGGUUUCGACCAAUUAAAGGAAGACAAGAGGAACUAAAGGAAAUUAUAGAACGUUUCAAAAGACACAAUAAUCUGGAAAAAGCCUUUAGGGCCUUAACCUCUGGAGACUUGUCAAGAAAUCAUUUUCUCCCCAAGACCAAGGCUGAAGAGAAACUCUUUAAACAGCAUGUCUUUGUUUAUCUACGCAUGUUUGCCAGUGACAGUGGUUUUGAAAUAUUACCUUGCAACCGAUAUUCAUCUGAGCAAAACGGAGCCAAAAUAGUUGCAACAAAAGAAUGGAAGAAGAAUGAUAAAAUCGAAUACUUGGUUGGUUGUAUUGCUGAGCUGUCAGCAAAUGAAGAAGGCUUGUUGCUACGCCAUGGCGAGAAUGACUUCAGCGUCAUGUACUCCACUCGCAAAAACUGUGCCCAACUGUGGCUUGGACCUGCAGCUUUUAUUAACCAUGAUUGCCGGCCAAAUUGUAAGUUUGUGUCUACUGGCCGAGACACAGCUUGUGUCAAAGUUCUCAGAGAUAUUGAGCCAGGAGAAGAAAUCUCCUGUUACUAUGGUGAUGGCUUCUUUGGAGAAAACAAUGAAUUUUGCGAAUGCUACACAUGUGAACGACGUGGUACUGGUGCUUUCAAAUCCAAAAUGGGGCUCCUUGUGGUGGUCCCAGUUAUUAACAGUAAAUACGGCUUGAGAGAGACUGACAAACGCCUCAACAGGCUAAAAAAACUGCGGGAAGGGAGUGGGAACUCGGACAGCCAGUCUGUCGGCUCGGGCACAGAUGUGGACUCUCAGGAUUCACCAAAAAUACAUUCAUCGUCUAGGAAAAGGACGGCCGCUAGUAGAAGACUGAGUAAAACCAGGACUCAUGCCGACCAGUCUCUCUCAAGAACUUACACAUCUACCUCACCAUCCAAACAAAGUCAAACUAAUAACAGGGUACCAAAGAGACUCAAAUCAAAACCCUCAAAGCCUUUGCUCACAAACAUAAGACUGAGGAGCCAAAGCAGAGGGGCAGAGGUGAAGGCAUCUGCUAAAGUGGUUACGGGCCCUACGAAGCUCAAAGCUCAGAUCUGCAGAGAUGUCCCUGUUAAAAAAGAGAGAGACUCGCUUUCAACUCUUCAGUCGCUGCGAUCUAGGGAGUGCUUUACACAGCAUGUCGCAACAGAACACAAUCAGCAGUCGUUAAAAUGUCCCACAGCAUUUCAGACUGAUCAGACUUGCACUUAUAGAACUCGAAGGUCAAUCAGGACUUUGCUAAAGGCACAGGAUGGUGACAGCAUUAAGGUUGAAUCAAGCACUUUUGAAGAGCAGGGCCCCAUGCCAGAUGGUGUAGUCAUUAAAACCGAGCCAGCUGACCUGGAGGAAUACCUUUCUCAUGGACUGAAGUCAAGCGAGCCUGAAUCAGAAGGCCAAUACUUCAGUAAAGUUUCUCACUCACGAAGUGGCCAGUUUGCUCGGCUACAGCUGGACAGGAUGAUAAAGAGGGAGGACUCGAGCAGGGAGGAUUCAAGCAGUGGCUCUUUCACGGCAGCCUUUUUGUCAGCUCCGCAGACUGAUCUUAAGUCAGUCUUGGAUCCACAGAGUGUCAUGGACCGAGUUAAAGUGGUGCCAGGGUUUCCCGAAAGGCCUGGACGUUAUAAUGCUGUGACAAACAGGGGCAAGCACAAGAAGGACAAGUCCAAGGGCAGCAGUCGGGGUCUGGGGAGGGGGAGAGGGAAGAAGAAACGGCGAAUAACACGCUACGACGCACAGCUAAUUCUGGAGAAUAGCACGGGAAUACCCAAGCUGACCCUGCGCCGCCGCAGGGACAGCAGCAGCAGCAAGUCCAAGGAGACUCCCCAGGCAGACGCAGACUCUUCCAAGAUGAGCCUCAAGCUUAGCGAUAUGGACAAGGGUAGCGCUUAUGUAGCCAAGCUAAACAAGGGCUUUAGCCCUGCUGCGCACUCAAGCUCCACCAAACUGAAGAUCCAGCUUAAGCACGAAGCCUGCGAGCACUUGGUGACACCCAGCUGUCUUGGCGAGGCCGCCCUCAACGGGACGAGUUCUCCUGAACCUUUGCAGGGCGGAGCACAGAAUGGAAGUUACAGACACAGACAUGUGAUUGAGCAGUCUUCAUCCGAGGAGGAUGAGGAGUUUGAAGAUGAUUUCAUCCCGCUUCCACCAGCGAAACGUCUUCGUCUCAUUGUUGGGAAAGAUUCCAUAGACAUAGAUAUCUCCUCCAGGAGAAAGGAUCAGUCACUGAGGCUGAGUGCAUAAGCUCUGAGGGUAACAUUCAGCCCCAAAUGUACAUCUAGUUCCUGUCAAGUCUAUGUUGAUUUUAGAAAUAAAUCACUGAACAGAAAACACACAAACCCCCCCCCCCCCUGUAAAUAGUUAAUGGAAUUUAAUCUGUAUAUUGUUAAAAUAAUGCACUUCAGUUUUGAUGUUGAAAUGGACAUUGCUAUUGUAAAAGGUUUGUAUAGUGUAAUUAAUUACCUGUGUACAGACAUAAGAUAAUUAUGUGAUGUCAGUCUGAUGCUCAGACUGCUGUCUGUUAUUUUUAACAGUUUUUUUUUUUUUUUCCUGGAAUCACUUGGGGAAACAAAUCUAUGAUCGGUCUUAUAGUACCAUGUGAGGUUUUGUUUAUUUUUGAAGAACGACACACGUGCACAGUUGCUGUCAUUUACUCGUUCUACCCACUGAACAUUGGCCCACGAGGAACUUUCUCUCUCUCUCCUUUCUCACUUCAUACUAUAUUCCAAACGUUAGCUUUUGAUUACACAUGCCUUUGGUUCCAUGUUUGCAUAGAAUGGCUAUCACAUUUGCUCUUUUUUUGUUUUGUCACGUUUGUCAGUGCUUGUGAUGUGGUUGAAUACAUGCAUUGAAUGCAGGUGCUUGCAUGUAGGACCUGACCACUGUAGAAAAGUGACAUUCUUUGCUUCCAUGCCUCACUGAACCUCUUCUUCACCUCAACACAUUCCACACAUAGUGAAAAUGGAAGUUGCAUUUAUGUUUUGAGCAUUUUAAUUGCCUUGUGCUUAGGUGGAUCUUUUUAAAAUUUGUGUUAUAAUUUGGACUUGAAAUCAUGAGGUUUUUGCCUGUAGGCACCAUCAAAUAUGCUUAAGAUUAUUUAUUAGAUCACUACAUUCUAGUGUAUAAAAAUUCAGCAUGUUAAUAUUUGUGUAUAGGUUUGUCAUUAUUACGACAUGAAUUUGAAAACUUUUUUUUUUUUUUUUUUUUAUGGAGGAAGAUUUAUCUGAUGACAUUAUUCUACAUCUUAUUCUGCAACUCUGUAAUAUGGCAUUAGUUAUUGUUAAAUCAUCAUUUGUCUUUGUCUACCAUAGUCUUAGACCUGUUUUAAACACAAGAGAAGAGCGCUGGAAAGUUACAUAAACUCAGUCUCCUA